AUGCCGCAACCGGAACUGCCUGAGCCCGCACACGCUGAAGUCGACUCGAUGCUGUCCCGAAAAUUCGGCAAAGAAGUUGCAAAUUAUUUCUCUGGAUCACCCUUGAACAGAGUGUCCUUUAUGCGAACGGAUCAUGCCUUUCUAUCCGCGGCCUUGAAGCAUCCUUCGACCUCCUUCUUGCUCUUCAACAAUCUAUCACCGUUGGCAAAAGACCCUACCAAGCUCGAGUAUGCCUCAUUCAAAGACAUUCAACCUCUGGUUGGUGAUGAUCCCUACUCCAAAACCGAGGAGCAGUUGGUAUCAGAAUACAAUUCAUCGAUCACAGUCUCUCAACUUCUGUUCCUUGGCCUUGACGAACGUAAGAAGUCCGGAUUUGAAUGGUCCAUUUACCAUGGGUCUCCCUACUUCGCUCUUGAUGUCACUCCAAAGGGCACGAUUAGUUCUGCGGCUGAGACGUUGAUCGAGUUAAUGAAGUCUCGGGGACUGCAAUUCGUCGAAGGCCGUAUGCACAUGUCUCUUCCUGCCGAACAGGCAGCUGUAUACGCGCAAGCACGAGCUCUCCUUGAUUGGAACGCACGCAAUCCUUUCUGCGCUCAAUGCGGCCAACCUACCUUGUCCAUCAACGCUGGCACAAAGCGAACUUGUCCACCGAAAGACAUGGCCUCUCUGACCAACACCACCUCUAUUGGAUCAACGACUGCUGCCACACCCGCGACAGAACGCCCAGACUGUGCAACCAGAAAGGGCAUAUCAAACCUGUGUUUCCCUAGAACCGAUCCGACAGUCAUCAUGGCCGUGCUCUCCGCUGAUUCUGAGCGCAUUCUCCUCGGCCGGCAGAAACGCUGGCCACAAUAUUGGUAUAGCACAUUAGCGGGCUUCGUCGAGCCCGCAGAGUCUGUAGAAGAAGCGGUCCGUCGUGAAGUUUGGGAAGAAAGUGGGGUAACCCUGGGCCGCGUAGUAAUCCAUUCAACGCAGCCAUGGCCUUAUCCUGCGAAUCUCAUGAUUGGAGCAAUAGGGCAAUGUACACCGGGGGGAGAAGAAAUCGUGUUGAAGCAUGAUCCGGAGUUGGAAGAUGCGAAAUGGGUGACUGUGGCAGAGGUGAAAGAAGCACUGCAAGUAGGAACGAGUGGAUUGGGAGAGGAAGCUGGGGAAGGUUAUAAAGAGGGCGGUCUCAGAUUACCACCGAGAACGGCGAUUGCAAAUCAGCUGCUCAGCGCUGUCACGGGUGGACUUUUAGAAGGAGGAAACGGAGAAUCAAAGAUGUAG